CUGACAUACAGAUCUUCUCUCUUCAGCUGUGCACUUGACAGGGUGGGACGAGAACAAAUUCAAGACAGGAUCGUCGUCGGAGUUUACAUCUACUGUCACACAACAAAACCAGUUGUCAUCGAUAGGCAACUCGUCAUCACAUGCAAACUGAGAUACCAUGGCUGCAGAGCGGGGGAAGAUGCUUGCUGAAGAUGAGAAGUGCAUCCAGACACACAUAAUGGACAUAGAGGUGGAGCUGGACGCCAAGGACAUCACUGGGACUCUCUUCUCCAAGAACGUCAUUGACCUGAAGGACAUGCAACACAUUGAGUCGGGAACAACCCGGGCUGACAGAACCAAGAGGUUCCUGGAUAUCCUCAUGUUCAGAGGCACCAAUUCCUUUCAAGUCUUCUUGUAUGCUCUCGACACUAUGGGGUACAAGGGUCUAGUGCGGAAACUACGAGCCACCAAGGAGUCCAACAGUCUGACCUCGGCACUACACAGAAGACAAACCGAAACACAGCUUUCUAGAGAGUUCACUGAUCUGAGCAAGCGUAUGGAGACAAUCAUGGCAGCCUUGGAUAGACAGACGCAUAGGAUUGACGAAAUGUCCGAGUCAAAGAAUCUCUAUGCAACGAAGGAAGAGGUCGAGGGUUUGAGGCUGGACUUGGCUACCAAGGAGGAAUUACAAACCUUUCGGAAGGAAAUAUUGGCGUCUAUGGCGGAUAUAACAGCGACGUUGAGCAACAUCAAGGAGAUGUCUCUCAUGAAUGAUGACAAUCUGGGCACAAUUCAGUCACUGAAAGAACAAGUUCGGAAAAAAGACGAACUGCUUGAAAUUGCUCGAUGUCAAAUUUCUGACCUUCAGACAAAGGUUUCCGUUCUGGAAGAAGAAAACAGAUCUCUUAAAACUACCAUAGAACAGCAGCAAGGGGACAUAACCAACUUGGAGGCCGUGGUUCAGGAGGAAAUACAAGAACGCAGAACGGCAGAAGCACGGUAUAGGAGGCACAGGGAUAAGGACCGGGAGAAGCAUGCACGAGACAUUGCGGACAUUGAGCGGAGGAGGCAAGAAGACAUGCAUCAACUGGAGAGGAAGAUGGAGGAAGAUAGGAAAAGGCAGGAGAGGGAAAGAAGAGAAGAUCGACAGCAAAUUGAAAAGGAGUUGAAGGAAAAUCUUGAGAAUCAACUGAAGACCAUCCGUGAGGAAAGUCAGGUGAGUAAUGGUCGUGCUCAGACAGCUGGAACCGGUGUCUAUGGUGUCAAGAAACCCAUCCACAGAAGAAAAGCUUGGAACUGAGACUAGAGAUGGUUCUUGACAAUAUGGAAAUGGUUUUGUCGCUUGUAUUCAGCUUGAGACAGUUAAACAUAUACCGUAUAUAUGCUUGGAGACUUGACACCUCUGGAGGAGUCGCCAAUAACCUAUCACUUGAGAAACAAAUACUAUUUCCUGAACAUCUCGAGCCAACUGUAAACUAACCUGUUUCUCCAGUUACCGAGGGGACGUACUCACCCGUUAAAUCUCGUGUUAUCAUUAUACUUUAUGAUUAUUCGUGUGCGCGCGCACAUGCGCGUUUCAGAUUGUGCCACAUUCGUUUUAUACUCGCUGCCUGCUGAAUUUGGUUUUCUGACAGAGAAACUCACUUUACGUUCUGAGUGACUGUGGAGUUCCUGGAAGGGCACUGCAAACAUAUGAUUAAUUUACAAUAUAUUUCCUUUGUAUGGAGAAAUAGAUUUCAUAUGUGAAUAAAGUUGUGGUUAUAUUAUGUAAA